AUGCUGGUUUGCCGGCUCUGGACAGCCAUCAUCAAGGCACUAGUGGCCGAGUUCCUGGCCACAGGGCUGUAUGUGUUCUUUGGCGUGGGCUCAGCACUGCACUGGCCCUCGGCACUCCCCUCUGUGCUACAGAUUGCCAUCACCUUCAACCUGGCCACAGCCAUGGCUGUGCAGAUCACAUGGAAGGUCAGUGGGGCCCAUGUCAACCCUGCCGUGACACUGGCCUUCCUCGUGGGCUCCCAAAUCUCCCUGCCCCGAGCUGUGGCCUAUGUGGCUGCCCAGCUGGCAGGGGCCACUGCAGGAGCUGCUCUGCUUUACGGAGUCACGCCAGGAGACAUCCGAGGGACCCUUGGGAUCAAUGUGGUCCGGAGCAACGUCUCAGCCGGCCAGGCUGUGGCCGUGGAGCUGGUGCUGACUCUGCAGCUGGUGCUCUGUGUCUUUGCUUCUACCGACAGGCGUCAGGCUGCGGGCUGCCCUGCCAUCAUAAUUGGGAUCUCGGUGGCACUGGGCCACCUUGUUGGGAUCUACUUCACUGGCUGCUCCAUGAACCCUGCCCGCUCCUUUGGGCCUGCAGUCAUCGUUGGGAAGUUCCAAGUUCACUGGAUCUUCUGGGUGGGACCCCUGACAGGUGCUGUCCUGGCUUCACUGAUCUACAACUUCAUCCUCUUCCCUGACACCAAGACCCUGGCACAGCGACUGGCCAUCCUCAUGGGCACCAUGAAGAAGAAGGUGGCAGGGGCAGAGCCCCAGAAGAAAGAGUCCCAGUUCAGUGAAGGGGACACUGAAAUGGAGAAUAUACCAGAUGCCACAGACCUUGGUCCUGGCCCUCAGGCUUCUGAGAGGAGGGAAGGGCUGGCCUUUGGGGAGCCAAAGCUCAGCGCUUCCAGCCUGGAGGAAGCAGGCCUCAACCUCACAGCCCCUCGGCCUGGGUGA